GAUAGUCAAAAAAAUAAAAACAAUGAAAAAGAUAAAAAUAAUGAAAAAAAAUUAGAAGAAAUUCAGUUGGAUGUUUUUUGUUCCUUUGAAAAUUUACCCGAUGAAUUAAUUUUAAGUAUUUUAUCACAUUUAGACCCAAUGUCGUUAGGAAGAUUAAGUAUGGUUUGUAAAAAUUUCAAUAUCAUUACCUAUGACUCUUCAUUAUGGAAAUAUGUAAUUAGAAAUUGGCAAAACGAAGUAUUAUAUAAAAUGAAAAAAACUAAAUAUGCAAAGAAUCCAUCCUCAAAUAUAAUGCUAUUAUUAGAACCCCCAAUUAUAUUAGAUCAAGAGGGUGAGAUUGUUGUGAGGUCGACACCUCAGAUCAAUGGUACAGUAUAUCCUUCUUCGAGAAACAGUUUAAGAAGAUUCCAGCCUAUAAAUGGCCAAUUUAUAAAUCAAAAUAACACCAACAAUAACGGUGUAAACUAUCAUUUAAAUAAUAGAAACAUACAAACACCCCCACCUCCCCAACUUCAUCCUCCCCAAUAUAAUCAAAUAAACCAUAAUACAAAUGCACCGAAUAACAAUUUAAAUACAAAUACAAAUGUAAAUAAUAAUACAGUAAAUAAUAUUUUAACAAACACAAAAUCAAUAAAAAAUCAAGAACCUAAUAGUAAACUAUAUUAUAUUGAAUCAUUUAUAAAAAUUAAAACGCAACUAUCAGAUAGAAUGGAUCUAAUAAAAAAACAAAAGAAACAAGAGAAAAGAAUGAAGAGUAUUAAUAGAAGUACCAAAGUAAUGUUUUUUACAUUUUUUUCAAGACCUUGUGAAUGGCUAUCAGUAGCACUUCUCAUUUUGUUUACAAUUUUUAUAGGUUUAAAAUUAGACAACUAUAUAGAUUGGAGUUGGCCAAUAAUAUUCCUUCCAUUACUUUUUGUUACACUACAAUGUAUAUGCAGCCCCCUAAUAUUUGUUUUUUUUAGAACACUUUAUAAUCAUCAAUAUGAAGAAGAACUUUCUCCAGAUUCAUGUAUAAAGCCAUUGUUUUUUUCAUUGUUUUUUAUACUGCCACUCCAACCAAGUGAAAAACUAUAUAAAGUAUUAUUAUUUACACCGAUUCUAAGUAUAAUAAUGUUUAUAGUUUUAUUAGUUUGCAAGCUAACAUUGGAAAACUUUGCUAUGAUAUAUGUAUUUAUACCAAUAUUUGUACUAUCAGUGUAUUUAAUAGCAUUUACCCUAUGUUUUCCAGAAAGAAUAGAUUACUCUUUAGAAUGGUUAGAUCAGUUUUCAAUGACAAUUUGUUCAUUAUUAUUUUUUGUGUUUAAUAUUUUAUUAUUUUUAAAGGUUGACGAAGCUGUUAAUUUAAAAUGGAUUUACGUUUUUUCUCCGCUAUUUGUAAUUAAAGCCAUCGCAAUGAUCUACCCUUGUAUCAUAAGAAUAAUGUAUCACACAUCGUUGGAAUGGUGGUUAGAUCAAAAAACUGGUUGGUUCAGAGAACCUGGAAGCUUAACACUAGUUAUUGUUUUUUUUGUGUUAGUAUCUUGUCCAUUAAUUGCUUUUGAGACGAUGCUAAUUCAAAAUCUUUCCUCUGCGACAGCAUAUAAAUAUUCUUUAGUGUUGAUACCAAUUUAUUUUAUGGAGUUUUUAUCGAUAUGCGGUUGUUUUUUCAUCAAUGUGGCCUUUAGUUCCAAUUCAGAAUAAAGAGUUAAUUUUAUUUGUAUAUUAUUUCCUUUAAAGAAUUAUUAUAAAAAAUG